AUUAGAAUGCUGCCAUUAAUGGAGGCGACAACCCCUCGAUUCCCCACUGAUCUUUGCUGAUAACUGUCUCUCUCUCUUUUUCUGUCCUUCUCUCUCUCUCUCCAUAGGCCCUCUCUUUUUUACACUUGUUACUAUUUGUGGUUGCAGGAACAGUGAACCUUUGUACCUCAUAUAAUGCUAGACAUACCCUCUCAAACUGCUUAUCUAUGCCCCUACCUUCCCUUUUAUUUUCCAUAGACUACUUUGAUUCGCCUAUAAACUUCUACUUUCACUGGCUUCUCCUUGAGCUAUUAGCCUUCUCGAUCUCCCUCCUAAGUCCCGCCUACCAUUGAAUCAUCAUUGUCAUUCUUUCGAUCGCAUUAAACUCAUCUCGUUUCCUUUGUUAUAGCUCGAGAUCAACUUCCAGGUUUCUCUCUCCCAUAAUGGAUUACCACCCUAAUACUUUUCUUCGUCUAAGCCUACCCAACAAUCAACUCAACCUAGAGCUUGUCCUUGAACCAUCAUCUUCUUCCUCAUCGCCACAAAGUCCAGUGGAACCUAGAAUUUUCUCUUGUAACUAUUGCCAAAGGAAGUUCUAUAGUUCACAAGCACUUGGAGGCCACCAAAAUGCCCACAAGCUAGAACGAACUCUAGCCAAGAAAAACAGGGAGCAAAGCUCAGCUGUCCGGACUCAUGGGGGAUCCAAUUCUCACUCAGGAUCCAGUGUCUGUGGUUCGAGCCGUGCUCAAUGUAUGCAGUCACAAGUCGCUCCAUUUGAACAACAAGGUCGACCUGUUAGGUUUGCAGGAGAAAUGAAUUAUGGAAGAAGAGACAUGAACCAUGGUUCAAGAGAAGGGAUCGAUUCUUGGUCCAAGGGAUACAGGACUGAAAAUGUUGAAGAAGAGUUCAGCCAGCUUGACUUAUCUUUAAGGCUUUAA